AUGACAUCACGAGGCCCGCCGCCCCCGCUCCAGGCCGCUCUGCCCCUCACUGCCCGUCUCUCGUGGAUGCUCAGAGCCCUGCUCAGGCACUCUCCCGCCCCCCUGCCCACCAAGCCCAGAGUCACAGCUCUCACCUGCGGGAAGACGUCCCCAGAGUGUGCAGCCUGGCUGUGGGAGGCGGAGGGGGUUGGCAGGGGUUCGGCCAGCCCGGCCACGCCGGCCCUGGGCUGGGCUCUGACUCAGCACGCUAGGGCCUCUCCUGUGUCUGGCCCUCUCAAGCUCGGAAGUGGCCCUCCGUGCUGCCAUCUGGGCCCAUCUCUUCUCUCCCAGUCUCUGGGCUGUGCGUAG